AGCCCGACGAGCGCGGAGAGCGACGCUUCCACCGCCAGACGGCUCUCCUGUACGAGUCCGUCCGACGCCAGACCUUCAGCACCUGGACGCUGACCUUCCUGGACCCCGACAAGCUGGCCGCGGCGGGGUUCUUCUACCUGCGGACGGACGACCACGUGCAGUGCGCCUUCUGCCAGGGCAUCGUCGGCUUCUGGGAUCCCUCCGACGACCCUCUGACGGAGCACAAGAAGCACUUCCCCAACUGCCCCUUCGUCGCGGGGGUCGCCACGGGGAACGUCCCGAAGGGGAAUCCGAACGACGAGUCGGGGAAGGUCUUCAAACUCCUCGACGAUUACUACAACUACCGGGUGGCCAACACUCGCCCUCAGGUCUCGACGAAUUAUCAGACAGACUCGCUGCGCAUCCCCGAGACCAACAAGGUGGCCUUCCCCGCCCUCAACACGACGCAGAGCCGCUGCAGGACGUACACGCGCUGGCCCAAGGACCUCGGCGUGAGCAUCGACGCCCUAGCGGAGGCGGGCUUCUUCUCGACGGGCCUGGCGGACUGGGUCCAGUGCUUCCACUGCGGCGGCGGACUGCACUCGUGGCGCCAGGGGGACGAUCCCUGGACGGAGCACUCCCGCUUCUACCCCUACUGCCCCUUCGUCAGGAUGCAGAGAGGGGAGGACACCGUGAUCCGCUGCUGGAAGGAGAACCCGGCGCCCUGCGUUCCCCCCCGGCCCAUCGCCCUCACGCCGGAGGAGAGCGACCUGCUGCUGCACCACCCCGUCGCCAAGAGAGCGAUCGAGAUGGGUCUCUCGCCAGCGUCGAUGAAGGGCGCCCUCAAGCUCCGUCUGGAGAGCACGGGCGUGAUGUGCAGGACGGUGACGGAGGCCAUGGAGCUGGUGUUCGACUUCGAGGAGGAACAGCGCCGGAACAACGCCGCCAAGAACAACAGCUACGACGGCAUCCCCAUCACCGAGGAGCCUAGAGAUAGCACAGAAGCAGAACCCAUGGCAGUUGAAGUCCAAGGUUCUUUUUUUCCAGCAGACACCAGCGUUAUCCCGUUCAACCUCGAACAGAACCCGGAAUACCUGAAGUUACUCUCAGAAGUGGAACAGCUCCGCCAAGACGUCCUUCUGGAGGAGAAGCGUCUGAUGUGCCGGCAGUGCGAAGCCCAGCGGGUGGCGGUGGUGUUCCAGCCCUGCUCUCACCUGCACCUGUGCGCCGAGUGUGCCAGGCCGAUGGACACCUGCCCUUCGUGUGGCACCGUCGUCAGAGGGACGCUGAGGCCCAUCAUCGGCUAGUGACACAGCCAUGGCACAGACAACAAGGACGCGUCGUCGGCGUCCGUUUUGCACUCGAGGCCUGGGUUCCAAGGUCGCAGCGGAGAGGCGCUACGGUAGGUCAGCAGCACAAGGGGAAUCUUCUGUGUCUGUUGCGUCCUCAGAGCCUCUGGGACGCUGAGGAUCCCAGGAAUGGACUAGUAGGGGAGUGGCAUUCACUCUCAGGGGUAUUCUGUGGCGGCGCCCUCUGGACAGGGCUGGAGAUACGGUCCUUAUGGUUGAGACCUUAUCAUAGAGGUUUCCCAUAUAAUGCAGAUAUAUUGCGGAGAGACCUUAAUGCAAGUGAUCCAAAGUUUAUAGAAUUUAGUUUCACAGUACUCCACAGAAGAGGCAAAAACCCGUUAUUUAAUAGGCUUAGUAUAUAUAUCAACAGACUAACUGAAACUACACACUUCACACAAACACAAAACAAAUCCACAGUGCAAUCGCAUUGUAGAAAAAGUCAUGAUCUUCUCUCUUCUGCCUGUUUUUCUGUCUUUUCUUUGAUUCCUGUUAGUAUCUUAAGGUAUUCGAUGUUGAAAAAAUACUUCUACGUUCAUAUUAUUAAUUACAAAAAGCGAUGGAAAAUCGUGUUCUGGUUGUUGUUUUUUAUGAAUCAUUUACGCGGUUUAGUAAUAAUAAAGAUAAUGAGUUUA